AUGUCUGCUCUUUUAUCUGUGCAAGAGGGUUGUAAUAAAUUUUGCACCUUUUGUGUUGUUCCUUAUACAAGAGGUGGGGAAUUCUCAAGACCAGUAAUUGAUGUUUAUAAUGAUGCUAAGUCUAUGGCUAAAAAAGGAAUACGUGAAAUUGUUCUAUUGGGUCAAAAUGUGAACGGUUAUCAUGGAGAUAAUGCAGGGGUUGAAUGCUCUUUGGGAGCUCUAAUGAUGCGUCUAAAUGAUAUUGAUGGUAUCGAAAGGAUACGUUAUACAACUUCUCACCCUAUUGACAUGCAUGAUGAUUUAUAUAAAGCUCAUGCUUCAAGUCGCAAGGUAAUGCCUUUUUUGAAUCUUCCUGUACAGUCUGGAUCAGAUAGAAUAUUAAAGAGUAUGAAUAGAAAAUAUUCUGCUCAAGAAUAUAUAGAUAUAAUAAAUAAAUUGAGGCAAGAGACAGCUGGUGAUAUAGCUAUUUCAUCUGAUUUUAUAGUUGGUUUUCCUGGAGAGACAGAGAAAGACUUUGAAUGUACUAUGGAUUUAGUAGAAACCAGCAAUACUUGCCUUCUGGCACGCAAGUCUUCUUGA